AUGUCAGUGCGCAUCACCAUUUGCCUCUGCUACUCGCUCGGUCUGGCUACCGCGCUCUCCUUCAGCUUCAACUUCUCCAGCCCUGGCUCCGGCGACCUCUGCAACACGGAGCUCAGGUGCGAACGUGACACGAGCAUCGGCUCCGGUGCCAGCGACCUAACAAAGAACGACAUCCAAGCCAACGUCUUCAGCGUCGGCCGGGCGUCAUACGCGCAACCGGUGCCGCUCUGGGACGACGCCACCGGCGAGGCGGCCAGCUUCUCCUCCAACUUCACGUUCCAUAUCAGGCCUAAAAACGACCGGCCCGACAAUUUUGGUCUAUGUAACAACCUCAGUGCCGACGGUGCUGACGGUAUGUCUUUCUUCCUGGUGCCCUACCCGUCGAGGCUCCCGCCCAACAGCUGGGGCGCGCACCUCGCUCUCUUCAAUGACAGCAACCGUCUCAACGCCACUGGCGACGACCGCGUCGUCGCCGUGGAGUUCGACACCUUCCUCAACGACUGGGACCACAGUGACAACCACAUCGGCAUAGACAUCAACUCCAUCAACUCCACGGCCUACGCAAACAUGACCAAGCGCAUGGUCUCGGAUGACGCCAUCAUGACUGCCCAGAUCAGCUACGGCAAUCGCACGGGCGUUCUGGUUGCCAUUCUCCAGAUAGAAGGGGACGGGCUACCGUACAACGUAAACACGGCGGUGAACAUGAAGAGGGACCUGCCCCAGCAAGUUUCAAUCGGCUUCGCCGCAUCAACGGGUGUCUGCGCCGAGCUGCAUCAGGUGUUGUCUUGGUCAUUUAGCUCCACUCUAGAUGAUGCCACUGUGGCUAUCAACACCAUUCCACGGCAACGCCGACCACUGGUGCAUGUGCUAGUGCCAUCAGCAGCAGCAGCUUUUCUUGUGCUGCUCUGUGGUGCCGCCGCCGUCAUAGUUCGUCAGCGAUGCAAACGUAAGCAAGCUGAGUUCGAGAAAGGGGUAGGACCUAGACGGUACCGCUGCUGUGAGCUCGCAGCAGCCACAAAUGACUUCGUGGAGCAGGGGAAGCUUGGGCAAGGGGGCUUCGGUUGCGUCUACCAGGGCAGCGGCCUUAGCGACCAUGACAGCCCGGUGGCCAUCAAGAUGCUCUCCAUGGAAUCAUCUGCGCAGGGGAGGAAAGAGUUCGAGGCGGAGGUGAAGAUUAUAAGCCGGCUCAGGCACGGGAACCUUGUGCACUUGCUAGGCUGGUCCGACAGCGGCAAGGGGCUCCUGCUCGUCUAUGAGCUCAUGCCGGAAGGCAGCCUCCACCAACACAUUUACAGCAAGAAACGUGUGCUCACUUGGCCAGAAAGAUACAAGAUCAUCCUUGGCCUGGGAUCUGCACUACGCUAUCUCCACACAGAGUUCGAUCAAUGUGUGCUGCAUGGUGACAUAAAACCCGACAACAUACUCCUCGACUCAUCAUUGAGCACCAAGCUGGCAGAUUUUGGGCUGGCAAGGCUCGUGGAUCAUGGAGCCGGGCCACAGACGACGAAGAUCAUCAAGGGCACCCCAUGGUACAUAGACCCAGAGUUUAUUCACUUACACCAUCGCACCCCCGAAGCGGACAUCUACAGCUUCGGUGUCGUUCUGUUGGAGGUCGUGUCCGGCAAGCACCCGGGAAUGGGGAAGAAAGAACGGGUCAAUGACGACCCACUGCUCAUCUGUGUCUGGGACCUGUACGAGAAGGGUACCAUCCUUAAAGGGAAACCGGUGGAUAAAAGGCUACAUGUGGACAACCAGCAGCUCGAUCACACCUGUAAGUGGCAGAUGCAUCAUGCGCUGGUCGUCGGGCUCUGGUGCACGCACCCACGCCUAGAGGCGCGACCGUCCAUUGUGGAGCUCAUGAACAUCUUGCAGUCAAAGAACGUCACGCUGCCGGCCUUGUCGUGGCCAGCCCCGGCCAACGUUACCACUGGAUCACAUGGGUAUAACACCGCAUCAACCUCAUUGGCCAAUGCUUGA